AUGGCCAGAGUGCCGUUCGCUCCGCUCGAUAGUCCGCGACUGCAGCAUCUCGUCAACGCGAAGAAUCGUCAGAAUGGCCUUCUAGCACAAAAGACUCCCUCCAUCGGCAAACCCAGUGUCUCACUGAACAAGACACUGUCUUCCCCUGCCAAACGAACGUUCGACGCCACCGAUUUCGACGAGAACGAUAGCGAGAACGUCGAUCCGGCUAUCCUGUUCUCGCCUUCGAAGAAGAGCAAGAGCGAUGGCAUGGAGAAGGCGUCGAAACCAUUCACCUUUUCUCUCACCCCGUCGAGCAAGUCAAUGCCGCCUCCGCCGACCAUCCCAUCUCGCCUCUCGACACCCGCUAGAGCCAACAUCUCGUCCCCACGAGCUCCCAUGACCGCACCUGCUGGACGCAGCCCGAAGCGUAAAACGACUGGCGUGAACAAGAACCGUCGAGUGUCGGCGCCAUUCACGCGUAUCGACCCUCCCUUCGCUUCACGCGGCUUCUCCACCCUCCCCUUCAGCCUCGACGCCGCGCUCAACGGCACCUUCUCCACCCCGUCUGCUCCCAAGUCCACCAGCGCAGCGAUCCAAGAAGCCAGCAUGCCCAAGACCUGGUUCUUCGACAUCUACGAAGACACGCCCGAAGAAGCCGCCGCGACGCUCAUGGAGCACAGCACGCUCACCCUCGACCUCAGCUCCGACGAGGAGAGUCAGAAAAAGGAGAAGGAUGGACGCGGGAAGGAGAAUAUGCCGCCAGAGGGGUAUGAUGCCCCGACUGCUUCGCGGGCCGUGAGUGAGCCGGUGGUGGCUGCGCCGAAGAGGGUAAGGAAGGGGGAGAUUGUGCGGAGGAAGGUUGUCGGGGUUGAUGAGAUGGAUGAUGGGGAGAGGGGAGUUUUGUCUGUGCUUGAGACGGAGGACUUUAUCCCGGAGGGGUUGAGCAAGGACUCGCACGUUAUCGUCAACGCUGCUGUGGAGACCACGGUGGUUGAGGAGAAGAAGUCGAGCGCGUCCAGCUUGUUCGCUGCUCCUGUCGAUUUUACGUCUGGCGCAGAGAAGAAGUCAGCCGCCUCGACUCCCGCGAAGGGUAUGCGCAACAUGCCUGUCGUUAACGCCGACGGCGACUUGAAGGGCGACAUCAUUAUCUGGGAGGACAGCGCUUCCUCUGAGUCCCCGUCCUCUCCGAGCGUACAACAACCGGUUGCCGGCACGCUUGGCAAGGGCCUGGUCGCUGACGAGAACGCUCCUCCGACUGACGAGAACGAUGUUGUGUCUUAA